CUCCUUUGACUGACGGGCCUUGUGUGGGCCUAUUGAGGCCUGUGAAGCCACGGACUGGGAGUUGUAGUUCGCCCUCAACCGGGGACACUGGGACCCCCACCCAGGAUGGGCCCGGACCGCCCUCGGCACACGGAGCCCCCAAGGACGUGAGAGUUCUCUGGAGCCACCCCUGCCGUGAUGGGAAACGAACCAGCUUCUAGUCGAGAUUAAGGCAUUUGGAAACCAAAGUGCAGGAAGGAAACCAGUCCUCUAGGAAAAAGGAUUCCUCUCAAGGGGCUGAUCUUGCUGAAUUCCUACAUUCACUUUGGAUUCUAGAGUAGAACCAUAGAGUUGGAAGAGACUGCAUGAGGCACCCAGUCCAGGCCUCUGCCGUGCAGGAAAAGCCAAAGUACCCCUGACAGAUGAGCAUCUAGCCUCUGUUUAAAGGAUUCCAAAGGAGCCUCCACUGCAUUUUGAGGCAGAGAGUUCCACUGCUGAACAGCUCUAACAGUCAGGAAGUUCUUAAUGUUCAGAUGGAAUCUACUUUCCUGUAAUUUGAACCCACUGCUGUGAGUAAUCAGAAAGGGAAAAACAAGAAUCAAGUGUCCUUAUUGGAAUUAAAUGUACAUAACAUUGUUGACAUGGAGGAGAAAGCAUAUAAAUGUAUUGAAUGUGGAAAGAGCUUUAGUCAGCAUGGAAACCUGAAGAGACAUCAAAGGACUCACACUGGGGAGAAACCCUAUAACUGCCUGGAGUGUGGACAGAGCUUCACUCAGAAGGGAAGCUUACAUAGACAUCAAAGGACUCACACUGGAGAGAAGCCCUAUAAAUGCCUGGAGUGUGGACAGAGCUUCACUCAGAAGGGAAGCUUACAUAGACAUCAAAGGACUCACACUGGAGAGAAGCCCUAUAAAUGCCUGGAGUGUGGACAAAGCUAUACUUGUAGUUCAGGAUUACGUUCACAUCAAUGGACUCACACUGGAGAGAAACCCUAUAAAUGCCUGGAGUGUGGACAGAGCUUCUCUCGUAAUUCACAUCUACAUGGACAUCAAAGGACCCACACUGGGGAGAAACCCUAUAACUGCCUGGAGUGUGGACAGAGCUUCACUGAGAAGGGAAGCUUACAUAAACAUCAAAGGACUCACACUGGAGAGAAACCCUAUAAAUGCCUGGAGUGUGGACAGAGCUUCACUCAUACUUCAGGCCUACGUUCACAUCAAAGGACCCACACUGGAGAGAAACCCUAUAAAUGCCUGGAGUGUGGACAGAGCUUUGCUCAUAGUUCAGGCCUACGUAGACAUCAAAGGACUCACACUGGGGAGAAAACCUAUAACUGCCUGGAGUGUGGACAGAGCUUCACUCAGAAGGGAAGCUUGCAUAAACAUCAAAGGAUUCACACUGGGGAGAAACCCUAUAACUGCCUGGAGUGUGGACAGAGCUUCACUGAGAAGGGAAGCUUGCAUAAACAUCAAAGGAUUCACGCUGGGGAGAAACCCUAUAACUGCCUGGAGUGUGGACAAAGCUUUACUCAGAAGGGAAGCUUGCAUAAACAUCAAAGGAUUCACACUGGGGAGAAACCCUAUAACUGCCUGGAGUGUGGACAGAGCUUCACUGAGAAGGGAUGCUUGCAUAAACAUCAAAGGAUUCACACUGGGGAGAAACCCUAUAACUGCCUGGAGUGUGGACAGAGCUUUGCUCGUAGUUCAGGACUACGUUCACAUCAAAGGACCCACACUGGGGAGAAACCCUAUAACUGCCUGGAGUGUGGACAGAGCUUCACUGAGAAGGGAAGCUUGCAUAAACAUCAAAGGAUUCACACUGGGGAGAAACCCUAUAAAUGCCUGGAGUGUGGACAGAGCUUUGCUCGUAGUUCAGGACUACGUUCACAUCAAAGGACCCACACUGGGGAGAAACCCUAUAACUGCCUGGAGUGUGGACAGAGCUUUGCUCAUAGUUCAGGCCUACGUAGACAUCAAAGGACUCACACUGGGGAGAAAACCUAUAACUGCCUGGAGUGUGGACAGAGCUUUGCUCGUAGUUCAGGUCUACGUUCACAUCAAAGGACUCACACUGGAGAGAAACCCUAUAACUGCCUGGAGUGUGGACAGAGCUUUACUUGAAGUUCAGGACUACGUUCCCAUCACAGGACUCACGCUGGGCAGAAACCAUAGAAAUGCAUGGAGUGUGGACAGAGCUUUUCAUGGAAUAGACAUCAAUUUGAGUUUAGCAUAUUCUAAUAAUUGUAUAUUUAUUUCCUUUCUUAGUUUAAUAAAAUUAUUAGUAUCUAAAUCUUCUUAUUCUCUAUAACAUUUAUUCCCAGAUCCUUAAUUGUCUUUAAUUUUAAUUAUCCCCUCCUGUUUUAUUUUUUAAAUCUCUUCUUAGUGAUAAUUAAAUAACUACACUUCUGACUUGUUCCAGUUAAUUUGCAAAACUUUUAAUUUUCCCAAAUUCUUCUAGGUAAUUUUCAUUUUUUCCCCAUUGUUGUAUUGGGUUUUCCACUGAUAAAUGGGUAUCUUCUGCAAAUAAAUUAAUUUUAUUUGUUUUAAUACUCUUAGUUCCAUAACUAAUGUAUCUGUUUCCUGGAUCUUUAUUUUCCAAUAUUUCUCAAUAUAUUCCUCUAUUUUACUUUUGGAGUUUUCUUUUGCCAAGUAUAGUUCUUGAUAUGAUCUUGGAAAAGUUAAUAUUUUGUCUUCCAUCCUUGUAUGAUUCUUACCUUCCUUGUCUUUAAUGGAUGUUAUUAAUUUUUUCCUUUCUAAUGUGUGCUGCCUUGGCUAAUAAUUUGGAGUUUCUAUUACUGUAUUCAAAGUAUUCUUGUUGUGAAUGCGCCUUCAGAGACUGUGAAUGAUAGUGGUGGGAUCAGGAGAGGAAGGAAAAGCCCUCGCGAGGAGGGCUCAUUGGAGGAUUUGUUUAGGAAAAGGGUCAGGGAGACUGAUGGGGAAUCUUCUGAGGAGGAUUCAUGUGGGGAUCCUGAGGUGGAAAUGGAUGCUGGGGAACAGGUGUUAACGGAGGAAUUGGGCACGGACUGGGCACGGGCACCGGAGAUGCUUGGGGACGAAUCGGGGCCCAUGGAUACUGCUGAUGCUGGGGAAGCUUGGGUGUCUUCAGAAGCAGAUCCCACUUGGUCUGCUUGGAGGAGUGAGAGGGAGUCCACAGGUGUGGAUAGAGUUGGGCACGGGCAGGAUGAUUGGGACUCUGAUGAGGAAUUAGGAACGCCUGACCCAAGGGCAUUGGCUGUGUGGAGUUCUGAUUCAGAUUAAGAAGUUGAGACACCUGCUCUUUGGGCGUGGAUGGUUUGGAAGCCCAGGGAGACCUGGAUAUAUUGGGGUUGUUUGGCCAUUAUACCUUGCGUGUGGCAAGGUGUUGCUGGGCGCCACUGGGUUUCCUGUGUGUGUUACUGAAGACUGAACUGGGACUUUGCAACGGAUGUAAGUUUAAUCUGGGUUAUUCUGCAACGGGAGGGCUGGAAUUGUGUGGGUUUUCCUGGACUGCACUGUUAUUGCUAUUUUGUAUUAUCUGCUGUUUGCCCUUGUUGCUUUGGCUCUCUGUGCCAUUUCGUGUUGUGACCUUCUUGGAUGACUUCAACCUCUCGGACCUUGGACCUUGGACUGGAACUUGACUCGGCUUUGCUCUUCGCUCUCAAUCUGUGGCUUGGCGUCGUUCUCUAUUCCGUGGCUGUCUGCUCUUACUGACUACUACCUUCGCUCCUGAUACCGACGCUGUCUGCUUAUCCCGACUUCGGACCGGCUUGACGACGUUCUCCCGCUCUGCUCCUUUAACUCCUGGCUUGGCGUUUGCUUCUGCAGCAGCUUGGCGUUGCUGGUUUAUCCCGACUUCGGACCGGCUUGACGACACUUUCCCGCUCUGCUCCUUUAACUCUUGGUUUGGUGUAUGUUCCAGCAGCGGUUGCUGUGAGCUCGCCAGCGUCUCACAGUUUCGCUGUCUUUGCUGCUCUCAACUGGGAGUUCCCUAGCUCAGUUUGUGCAUUUGUUUGUUUUGAACUCCUUUUUGUACUUUUGAGUUUUGGGAAAGGUUUGUGGGCUUCAAUACUGCUUGCUUAGUUCAUGCCUCCGUUUUUCAGCCCAUUGUGAACUUUUGAGUCACGUUCUAGAACUUUAAAUUUAACCUGGAUUAUAUCUGGCUAAUCCGGAUUAUUUGCCAGUUCUUGUUUUUUGGGGUUUUUCCCACUUGUUCUACUUAAUAACACUGAAAGUUAAGUGUUUUAAGUCUUUUUAGUUUGUUGAGCUAUUUUUUGGACUGUUGCUUUCAUAAACUCUAUUUUGCUCUCUAAUUGGCGUCUGACAAUUCUCUAUUUAAAAAUAUCAAAAUUCUUUGUGCCUUUUCUAACUCUGUUUUCUCAUUGCUGUUGUUUUUAUAUAGCUUUGUUUAUCCUUUUCUAGCAUAUAUUUCAUCUCUAAUUCCGUAAUUUCUAAUUCUAAUCUUUUUUUCUUCUUGUUUUUUUUAAAUUAUGUUGUUUUUUAAUAAAAUUCCUCUGGCUACUG